AUGUCAAAACAUCUUUUUUUCCCCAAAAAUUGUCAGGCAGAGCCAUUUUGUGAGGCCUCUGUGCUCUGCUUCCAGGACGCCGAGUGCCCGCUGUACGGCUGCGCGUGGGGCGGUCUGCUGCGCGAACUGGCACCACAUCUGCGCGAGGAGCACGCCGCGCAGACGGUGCGGGGCCGCGAGGCGGUGCACCAGAUCGCCAUGCGGGCGCUGCGCGCGCAGCGGAAGUACGUGUGCGUGCAGGAGGCGGUGGGCCGCCUCUACGUGGUGGCCAUCCGCUGCCACGGCCUACUCUACUUCGCCACGCUGCAG